AUGAUCCAAUCCCUACCAAGCCAGAUGGAGAAGGACUAUCUUGAACCUCAGGUCGUCGCAGCCAUUCAUCAACUGUGGCAAGACCCAGGUGUCCGGAAAUGUUUUGAGCGCAGUCGGGAGUACCAGUUAAACAACUCUGCGGCCUACUAUUUUGAUUCAAUUGACCGAAUUGAACAGCCUCAUUACGUCCCAGAUGAUCAGGACAUACUGCAGAAGCGAGAGGAAGAAAUGGAUUCACUGCUUUGGAAACAUGACGGCCAUCAUUUUUUGGUGACGCUCAGCGAGUACAACCAGAUGCUCUAUGAGGACAACUCGGUGAACAGAAUGCAGGAAUCCCUCAACCUAUUUGAUUCAAUCUGCAACUCAAGAUGGUUAAUCAUGAUCCCGGAAGUGAUCAAAUUCAUCCGCCAGCUCCAGUCCUAA